AAAAGAAGUCUAAGAAGAGGGGAGGAAUUUGAAGAACCUGGAAAGUACGGUGCGCUUGGCGAGGCCAUCGAUUUUCGGCUUAGCGCGGCAUUCCUUAGUUGAUCAAGCUACAAUAGAACUGCUUUGCAUGCUUUUGGUGUUGGAAGAGGCCAUCUAUAUAGCAAAAUGAAGCAGAGGGGACGUGUAAGAUGGGACGAGGAUAAUAUUGGAGAAAUUGAGGCAAACAAACCUGUGAGACAGAAAAUCACUGAACCUAAGACUCCAUAUCACCCAAUGAUUGAUGAUGAUAGUUCUCUGUCCCCUGUACGAGGAAGUUUUGAUAAAUGCAGUGAUAGCCAAAGACAACCAGUUGAUGCGGAAGCAAUACGCACUGCUUUGAAUGAUGUAGCCUCUUCGAGCAGCAAGAGCGCCAAACGAUCUGGUGGCUGGGCAUCGUCUGAGGAUGAGGCAGAUGAAAUGAUGGUGGAUGAAGAUUCUGGAACAGAUAGAAGCAAGAGUUUUAAAGAGCACAGACGAGCCCACUAUGAUGAAUUUCUGAAACUGAGAGAUCUGCGACGGAAGGGUUCUUUUCUGGAUGAAGGCGAUGAAGACGAUGCUGAUGUUGAGGGUGAUAAGUCAGGGAAAUGCGACUCAUCCUCCUUAAGUGCCAGUGUGAAGGAAAUAGACAUUAAGGACGUAAAUUCUCCGAUGGCCUCGAGUAAAGAGUAACUCUUAGCAGCCUGCAGAUAAACCCCCCAUGUCAUGUUGUUAGUGUUUCUAAUUUUGUCGAUAGGCGAUAACUGAGAGUCAUAUCCCUUGUAUCAGUUGUGUAAAUACUCCUGAUUAGCUUUUCAUUAUUUCUUGCAGUAUUAUAGUGUGAACUUGGAUGAUACAUGUACACUUUUGCCCUCUUGAUCUGCUGAUGCGGCGGCGGGAUUUUGUGGGUUAAAAAAAAAAAAAAAAGCCAUUGUGGGUGUUGCUCGGAAGGAUAAUAGUGAACGAUGAUUUAGCCUU